AUGCCGCCUUUCGAAACCGAAGAAAGAUUUGAGGACCUUCCUGACAUCUUCCCGGCCACCAUGGCAAACAGCAUGCUUGACUACAUCACGGGGGAUGGUGUGGACAUCAAUAUGUAUGGCUCCGAGGGUGUCUAUCUUGGUCCCGGACAAGCUCCUGAAGAGUAUACACAAGAUGGCUCGGAGCGACCACGCCAAACUGCCAGCAUGCCUUCAGAUCCCCAUUUCCAUCCAUAUCCUGACCGUGUGGCUGCUGUGCUCGAUGUUUUGCGCCAUCUCCCGCGUUCAAUCUUCUCAGACUCGCAAAUGGAGACGAUCACUUGGGCGUGCACCGUUCUGGGCUUGGACGAUAUCCCAUCCGUCACAUGGCUGAAAGAUCUUAGUGACCAGCUGCAGAAGAAGCAUGGUAUUCGUACCCUGCGCUACAAGGGUGCACUGGGCAAUGUAUACUACUGUAAUAGUCUCAUGGAUCAGAUUGCUCAGGAGUUCACGAACCCACGAGUGGCCCCGCAUCUACACGCUUUCCCUGAGUUCUCCCAGCACAUUCUUGCGCAGGCAUGGCAAGGCUCGCGUUGGCUCCAUGAAGCCGACCCUGCACUUUUGACACCGAUGCUGCGCCUUGGUUCCAAGGGCUCCGCAGAUCGCGAUCUCUACAUCUUCGAGCCUGCACAGCUCACGUCCCAAGCCGUCGUCAUGCCCCACCGCUUUUACACUCGCAAGGUCGAUGUGCAUGACCAAUACUUUGCGGCCGUAUGGUCUUUGGAGGCUGCUGUAUCGCCGACGGGUGCACUAGGAUGGGUUGUCCGGGAGUUUGAUAGCUGGGAGGUUCCGGUAAACCAGUUCUCACUGUGCUUCACGCAGCUGUGCAGCACUGCUCGAACUGAUGGUCUUCCUGACCCACGAAUCAUCCUCGGGGUCAGAAAGGCACCGAGCGACGCCAGAAUCCACCCCUGGACACGGACAGCAAAUGCGGGUGCUACUGGCAACGACUGGCGGCAGAAAGCUAUGGGUCACCGCGUUGUCUCUUUCUGGAUGUGGCUCUAUUGCAACGAUACUUCCGGCAAUCUCUCCAAAAAGUGGAACAAACACAACUCGUUCCUUUGGACACCUGCUGGGCUGUCUCACGAGAUGUCUCAACAGCAGUAUAAUGUGCACUUCCUUAGUACCUCCAACAUAGCCCCUCCUCUGGAGAUGCUCGAUGGCAUUGCCACUCAACUUGAGGAAGGUCAACGCGAUGGCUUCUGGGUCUGGGAUAUCGCACGCGAUGAGCCUGUGCUUGUCAUACCAGCUGUACUGGCACUCCUUGGCGACAACCCUAUGCAAAGUGAACUUGCAUGUCACAUCGGACUGAUGGGAAAGUUCUUUUGUCGGGUCUGUCGGGUCAAAGGGUGCGACGCUGCAGACGAGGCAGAGACACGGAACGUGUUCCCAAGCCCACUCAACAUAGACCCUCUCGAGCCUGGUGCACCCAUGCACAGGGGUCCCCUUGAGGACCAGAACAACUCAUCUGAUCAUGAAUCCGCUUCCGAACAGCCCACAUUGCCUGAUCUCGACGUGCACAAGGAUACCCCGGUUGAGGUUCUACACGUUGUCCUCCUCGGCUUUGUCAAGUACUUCUGGAGGGAUAUCAUAGCACGCUUGAAGGACGAAGAUAAGGCGCUGCUGCCUACAUGUCUAUCUUCGGUCGACGUAUCUGGCCUCGGGAUCUCGCCUUUAGUUGGCCAAACUCUGACUCAAUAUGUGGGGUCUCUGACCGGGCGCGACUUUCGGGCGAUUGCACAGGUUGCUCCCUUCGUUCUGUACGAUCUGGCUCCGACAGACUGCUACGAUACCUGGAUAGCUUUAUCCCGUCUUGUUCCACUCAUCUGGCAACCUGAGAUAUUCAACUUGAACGAGCAUAUCGCCGAGAUGGAGACGGUCAUUGACUAUUUCCUCAAAUGCACGGCGCGUUGGACACCACGUUGGUUCAACAAACCAAAGUUUCAUCUUCUCCGUCACCUCCCAUUUCAUGUACGCCGAUUUGGUCCUGCCGUUCUCUUCGCCACAGAAGCCUUCGAGUCCUUCAAUGCAGUCAUACGUGACCAUAGCAUCCACAGCAAUCGACACGCUCCUUCACGCGACAUCGCUCUGGGUCUUGCUCAUGCUAGCCGUGUACGACACAUAAUGAGUGGUGGCUUAUUCCCCACACGAGAUCCCAAAGCCCCAGUACUCAAUGUGCCGCCAAAGCGCAGUGAUCUCAAUACAGCCGGCGGCGAGUGCAUAUCCCUCGUCGAGAGGCGUUCCAAGAGCUGA